CAUCAGGUGGGGUUGUUCCCGCAGCAGACAGAAGAAGAUUAAUGGAGAAGCAGCGUUCUACGAAACCAUUCAAUCAUGCCUUGUCCGUCCAAGGUCGACUAUAUAUGCUCCCUUCAUAAAGAACAGUUUCACACCACACCUGAGAGAGACACCGCAUUAUGCCACUCUACAGUACAAGUCUGGUGGCUGUCUUUGCUGGGCUUGUUAUCCUUGCCUCUGCCCAGUUUCCCGGUGGUCACUACCCCGGUGGUCACUACCCCGGGGGCCAGUACCCCCCUGGCCAGUACCAGUACCGCUGUCAGGUUCCUAAAGUCACGGGCAAUUGUUUAACCUCUCGUCCGCGGUACUACUUCAACUAUCAACUUGGCAUCUGCGAGAAGUUCAUCUAUAGCGGCUGCGGUGGAAACUCGAACAACUUCCACACCCUGACUGAAUGUCGCGCCGUCUGUGGAGGCGAGGACCUUUGUUUGCAACCCGUUCUCCAGGGUCAGUGCCAAGGCUACUACGAUCGGUACUUCUAUGACCAUUAUUCUGGCACCUGCAGACGUUUUGUCUACGGAGGGUGCGGGGGCAACUGCAACAACUUCCACACUCUGCAAGACUGUCAGUUCCAGUGCUGCUAAUCUCGGGGUAGCACUAUCAGACAUCGUUUUAGAGGUUCCAGGUGCUUUCGGCGAGCCUAUUCUGACCUGGAGAUGUUUUGAUAAAGCCUUCUUCUCCAAGGCACUCAUAACACUUAUCUUCAAUAAUAAAUAUUAUUAGUAA